AUGUUUUGGCGAGGCUUCUGCAUUUUUAUGACCCAUCUAUCUCCUCCACAGUCUUUCAACAACAUGUCCGUGACCUCAUUCCUUCGCCGAUUCUCCAUCGAUGUCGAGAACACUGGUGGCUCUUCAUCAUCCUCUGCACCCGGCUCGGCGAGCAGCAGUGGACCAACUAAACGGAGAGGACGAAUAGCUGCGUCGAUUGAUUCGGCACGUCGUCGAUUCUCACUUCAACAUGGAUCCGGAACCUGUCGAGAUCAGGAUCCAGUGCAUUUGCAGUCAAUUGCGUUACGUGGACGGGGAAAAGGAGAGAAUGGAAGUUUGCCGGAUUUGAUGGAGAAUCUUACUUUCGAGCAACACAUUUGA